CUGCUGCAGCACCUCAGUAGGUUACAUCAAAGAGGAACUGCAGUGAUUAGGCAUUUGGAUGCCUGUGCCUUUAAGAACUCAGCCCUGGGAAGCCCAUGCUGAGAGGUAAUCUAUGGGAGGGGAAAUAAUUUAAAAAAAAACCCUCUGCUCCUCCCCACCCUAUUUUUUUGGCUAAACACUGGUGUCUCAGUCCACUGGGGUAACUGUUACCCCCUCUGCCCCUCCCUGUGCUGGGGGUUUUGCUCUCUGUCACCCUUUGGCAGUGCCUCACCCCUAGGCUUAACUCUGUCUCCUUCCCCUCCCCCCACCCCUGAUUUUGCUUUCAGCCCCUAUCCUAACCCUGCUUCCAGCUGCUUGACCCCCCAGCCAAUCAAUUUUCACCCCCUGCUCAGACCCUGGCCACCUCCCUCCUCCGAUUUCCCCCCUUUGCCCCUUUUUAACUCCUGUAAAAAGCAGUCAGCAGAAUCUUAUGGCUAAUAAGGGCAGGGUGAAGGGCAAUGGCUUCAGCAGAUGUUACUGAUCAUGCUCAGUUUGUGUGAACAUGCAAAAAAGCCCCUCUGAUCAAAUAAAAAGGCCCCUCUGCCCACCCACCCUAUUUUUUUUUUUUUGCCAAACACUGGUGUCUCAGUCCACCAGGGUAACUGUUACCCUCUCUGCCCCUCCCUGUGCUGGGGUUUUACCCUCUGCCACCCUCUGGCAGUGCCUCACCCCUCAACUUAACUCCAUCUCCUCCCGCCCCCCAUUCCUGAUUUUGCCUUCAGCCUCAAUCCUAAUCCUGCUUCCAGCUGCUUGACUCUCCUGACCAGUCAAUUUUUGACCCCUGGUCACCCCCCCCUCCUUCAAUUUACCCCCUUUUAGCCUCUGUAAAAAGCAGUCAGAAUCUUAUGGCUAAUAAGGGCAGGGUGAAAGGCAGUGGCUUCAGCAGAUGAUACUGAGCAUGCUCACUACACCCUAAAUAGCACAUUCCUACAGAGAGCAGUUUCCUACACUACACCUGUGCUGUUCCCGGAAGUACUGGAAUGUCCUGCGGUCUGGGAACAUGUGAGCAACCACUCUAGUAGCUAUUCUGCACUAGCUGUUUAGGUUAAUCCACUUCCAAUAGCAAUUGCUAUUCUAGGCUUUUGCUCUGUGUAGACAAGCCUUAACUCUUAAAAAAAAACCAAAGCUGAGAGUUUCACCUAUAUCACCUGACUCCAGGAGCUCGGGCUUUACAAAAAAACCAAAUCAAAUAUCGUGAUGCUGGCAAUGGUGGCAACACUCCUCUACCCUCAGAGUCCACAUGAGUUUGAUGCUGCUGGAGCAGAGAUCUUGGCUUAAGACUUUGCAAAACGUUACACCAAAACCUCCAAUUAGUGCCCCAAUGCCACAAAAUGGCAUGGAUUUAACUUGAGAUGUUCUGCAUUGUCCUGUUAAACGCUUGUGAGUAAAGUUAAGCAUUCAUAUAAGUCUCUGCAAGAUCUGGCCCGAAGUGACUUUUUCUUUGUGACAGAUUUUAAAAUGGGACCAACUUUGCUCAAAGUCUUGUGAAACUUUUGACAAACCUGAGCCCCAGUCCUACUGGACUCCAUGCAGGUACCAGAAACUGAAAAAACCCAGCAAACACUUUUACAAGCUGUAUUACAAGAGCCCACUCAACUCUUAGUGGAAAACAACCUAACCACCAGUUUUACAAACUUCCUGGGUUAUGGGACCUAAACCACAGGAACAUACAUGCUAGUUGUUGGUGGGAGAAGUGGUAAUAAGUUGUAUGGUUUCUCACCUCAAGCCUCGUGAAACUUGUAAAAGUGGUAUUUAUGUUGAUUUCAGCUAAAAAGUACCACUUUGUAAUAUUGUGUUAGUCUUCUAUAAAAUUUGAUGUAUAUGCACAAGACAGCUGUAUGCCAUACUACAAAUAUUUUUGAAUGACCCUUUUAUCGUACAAUGAUAUCUCUAUUUAAAAUACAGACGUGCAGAAGAUCAAGUAAUAGAAGUUACCCUCCCAUAGUCUAGAAAUUCUACAGAUUUCAGGAGGGAAAGAUCCUGUAGUAUAGAUUUCUUUUGCCGUGGGUCAUAAAAGACAUCCACUCUGAUGUAAAAGAUAAGUGCUGAUAAUGAUUAACAUCAAACUGGAAAACGGGGGCAUUUCAAAUAACCUGACAGUUUAGCCUCUGUGUCAACGACAUGCUUGGAAGGAGAGAAAUAUACCGUAACCUAGAUUUCAAAGGUCACAGUAAUACUGCCCCAAGCAUUUUCAAAGCCAUGAUUUAUGUGCCGGUAUAUUAGCAAUAUGAAUGGUUUCAAGGUUUGGUCUGUUCUGCUGAUUAUAGUUUACAGCCUGUGCCAAAGAUGUAUGCCGUGUGGUAUUUCAACACAUAUUGAAAUAGCACACCGAGCUCUGGAAUUUUUCAGUAAACAUGAGGGGAAUGUUAACUAUAGAAAGUUGUUACUAAACCACCAGGAUGCAUUUCAGGCUGGGAGCCUUUAUCCUGAUGCCUUUUAUCCUGUUAUCUGCCGGAAUGGAAUAUUUCAUUAUGUUUCUGAAGACACUCACUGGGCACCAUUUCUCAACACUAGUAUCCAUUACAUCAGGAAGAAGUAUCCUCAGCCUUGGGAGGAGACUACAGAGAAACUGGUGGCGUUCCUGUUUGGAAUUGCCUCACAUAUGGUGGCAGAUGCGAGCUGGCAUAGCUUGGGCAUUGAUCAAGGAUUUCUAAGGACCAUGGGAGAAAUUGAUUUUCAUGGCUCAUACUCAGAUGCUCAUCAUACGGGUGAUUUUGGAGGUGACGUAUUGAGCCAGUUUGAGCUUGAUUUUAGUUACCUGAAAGCAGACUGGUAUGUACCAGUCAAAGACCUGCUAGCUAUCUAUAAGGAAUAUUAUGGCCAAGAAGUAAUAACUGAAGGCACAAUUAUUGACUGCACUUACCUGCUGUUUCUCGAAUUGCAUGGAGAAAUGCUUGCUGUUGCCAAGCUUUUCCCAUCAUAUGCUAUCAAAUCUCCAUUUUUUGUGGAGAGGUUCCAGGAGUAUUUCCUUGGUGGACUGGAUGACAUGGCAUUUUGGUCAAAUAAUAUUUUUCAGCUAGCAAGCCACAUGUUAGAAAAUGGGACCAGUGGCUGCUUCAUACCUGAGAACCCUCUGUUUAUAGAGUGCAAUGGGGAGCACAAGAACAGCGACAUAAUUAAACAGUCCAAAGAGGAACAGCACAAGAACGUGACUUCUUCACUCACAAAAACAAUUGAAAAGAAUAUAAAUUAUACGGAGAAAGGAGUUUAUUUCAAUAUGCAAUCCUGGGCAACUAAAUCCCUCCACUUUAUUAAUAGUGCGUUUGCACAGAAUGUCAGGAGAGUGUUUGCAGUCACGCAUCAGCAAUCCUCUAACCACAUCUCCAAGCCCACAGCCUCAUACUUUCUGAAAUCAUCCUAUGCCAGGCUUGGAUGGGCAAUGGCCUCAGGUGACUUAAACCAAGAUGGUUAUGAGGAUCUAGUGGUUGGAGCACCAGGAUACAGCAGAUUGGGCCAUGUUCAGCUAGGACGGGUGUACAUAAUCUACAGUAAUCAGUCAGGUUUGCCUCCAGUAAACAUGGAUCUGGACAAGGAAGCAGAUCAAGUGCUGGAGGGUUUUCAGCCUUCAGGCAGGUUCGGUUCUGCCAUAGCAGUACUGGACUUCAAUGAGGAUGGAGUACCAGACAUAGCGGUGGGAGCACCUUCUGUAGGAUCACAGAAUCUCACUUAUACAGGUGCUGUGUAUGUGUAUCUGGGCACUACAGGAAGAGGCUUGUCACCUUGGCCAAACAUUACCAUAAUUUGCCAGCACACAUUCUGUAACCUUGGCUGGUCACUGCUGGCUGCUGAUAUUGAUGGGGAUGGAAAGUCUGAUCUGGUUGUUGGUUCUCCUUAUGCACCUGGCGGUGGGAAGCAGAGAGGAUUUGUAGUUGCAUUUUAUUCUCACUUCAACAGGAGUGACAAAGGGCUGCUGUCAGUAGAGGAUGCCAACUGGAUGGUGAAGGGGGAAAAGAACUAUGCCUGGUUUGGAUAUUCACUUGUUAGUCACCAGCUGAAGAACAAAACCUUACUGCUGAUUGGAAGCCCUACCUGGAAGAGCUGUAUUGGUCUAGGUUGCUACAGCUCACUGGAUACCAAACAGAGUGUUGGAAAGGUGUAUGGAUAUAACCCACCAAGCACACUAAGCCGGUUUUCCGUAACUGGAGACAUGGACAGGGGCAAACUGGGUUCAUCGCUGGCCAGUGGCUUCAUGUCUGUGGCUGGAAUUCUAAGAGAAGUGUUGGUAGUGGGUGCACCUACCUCUGACAGCACGUCUAGGAUUGUAUUUAUAUCCUCAGUACUGCACCAAGCUGGAACCAUUCUGAUGUAUGACUUGACAGAUGGUGCCAAACCUUCUUUGCUCAGCACUUUCAGUGGGGACAGGAGGUUCUCUCGCUUUGGAGGAGAUGUACACUUAAGUGACCUGGACAAUGAUGGACUAGAUGAAAUUAUUGUGACAUCUCCUCUGAGAACUGAAGACAUCACAUCUGUACUGUUUGGAGGGGAAGCUGGACGUGUGUACAUCUACAAUGGAAACCAGACCACCUCCGGUCAUGUGACAGACAACUGCAAAUCAUGGACUUCUCCUUGUCCAGAGGAUUCGGCACAAUAUGUACUAAUUUCUCCUGAAGAAAGAUCAAGGUUUGGGAGCUCCAUCAUCACUGUGAAAUCUCCAGGAAAGAGAGAAGUUGUAGUAGCUGCUGAGAGAAGUUCGGUGAAAGCUAGACUUAGUGGAAGGCUUUUUAUGUAUACCCUUUAAAUGUUCUUUUGUUGAGUUUGGGUACAUGCCUGUUUUCAGUGGUGGAUUCUCCCAGGAUCUAUGGUGUUCUCUUUCAUGCCUCCCCGUGCCAUGCUAACAAACUAGAGGCUCAAACAGGAUGUAGCUAAAAAGAGGACAGAAGCAGCAGAGAGGGAAUUGGGGUUGAUUGGAAAAAUAAAUAGAUGGGAAAUACUACCUGUCAUGGUCCAUCCAUACAGCUUUAGAGUUGAAAACCAAUUAAAAACCUCUAUCCAUGUAAGUCAGAAGGCUAGAUAACCCAGCCACAGACAAAGUAGCAUGACGGGAGCCAAAACAACAUUAACCUAGCAUCAAUUCAACUUAUAAGGGAGGCUGGUUCCAGCAGAUGUAUUUGGCUGUGUAAGGAAAAGCACAGCAUGCCUAGUUGAUGCAAUCACUUAAAUACGUGCAAUAUGAUGGGGGCUAAUUUAGCUAAAACUAAUCAGGAAAGAGAUCUUGGAUAGUUCUCUGAAGACAUCCACGCAGUGUGCAGCGGCAGUCAAAAAAGUGAACAGGAUAUUACUAAUCAUUAAA